UACAGUCAUAAUUUUCUGUAGGGCCUACUCCUGUAGUUUCUGAAGUGAAUUGAUUUGAGAUCAGUGAACAAAAUUGUAAUUGCUAUUCCCCUCUGGAUUUGAGCUGAUGUUGCUUAUGUUUUUGAUUGCCACACGACUAAUGUUGCAGUGAAAGACGGAAAACCUUUAUUGUGAUUAUCAAGACAAGGAUACAAGUACAACACACCUAAGUUUUCAACAACAAAAAGGGAAGUAAAUCUAGAACAUUUCUUUUGUGGAUACAACGAUUUCAACUAGACAGAGGAGUGGACAACACUGAACCCUUUUUUAAGAUACAUGAACACGGAUGGAAACCCAGAUGCCUGUAACGUCAAUGAGCCUACCUCCAUUGCAGAAUCUACCACAGUGGCCUAGGGUACAUACCCUGGACAAGGCACGAUACCCCAAGCCAUUCCUCAAAGAUCAGAUUCAGGUAUUACCAGCCUCUCUUUCACCCAAGGGUCUGAUGCAGGAUGCAUUGGGUGUGGAUGGUGCAUUUGCUACAGUAGGAGAUGUUGAUCCUCAUAGGCAGCAGCAGUAUCUUGAGAGAAGCAUUGAAUUCUUGAAGAGACAACAAAGAGAUGUGCUUAGCAGUCUUCAUGAAGAAAUUGAUGCACUCAAGAGAGAAAACAAAGAGCUCCAUUUCAAAGUUAUUAUGACUGGAACAGAAUCUCCUAACAAAGAAUUGUCAGGCUCUUCAUUAAAAUCAGAUGACAGUAAGAGUGGUUCACCUUCCCACAAGAAAGACCAGCUGAGGACAGUGAAAGAACUUACAGCAGGAUUACAAGAAGCUAGAAACCUUAAUGCAUACCUUCAACAACGACUCAAAGAAACAUUAGAGAAAAGACCCCAGAGUCAGGAGACGGGUCAGCAAACAAGCCCCCAUCAUAGUGCCAUCUCACCCCUCUACCCAGUCAGUCUAAAUCCCCUUCAGGUACAGAAAGCAGGAGAUAAACAGCCCAGGCCACCAACCAUGGAAGAAUGCUCACAGAUCAUCAGGCAUAUGAAAGAUAGCCAUGAUAGACAGGGCCAAGAGCUGAAUAGAAUCAAGUCCGAUCUGAAAGAGACGCUGUAUUCACAUAAGUGGACACCUGAUGCCUAUCUCAUGGCUAAGGCUUACAUUGCUGAGGAGCAGAAUGUAUCUGGGGAUGCAAAGCUACCCAAAAUCGCUCUGAGGAAUCCAACAAGAAAAUUACCAGAAGGUGCCUUCAGUGUUACACGUGACAGCUUCUCACUACCUCCACUCACUCACACAAUGGGAAACCGCUUCUCAGACAGACAAAAGCGUGUGGAAGCCGUCAAACGGGCGCGCCAUCGACCAAAGGACCAUAGCUUAUGACGUCAUUCACCAAUUGACACCUGAAUGGACAUAUUAAAACCAAUCCACACGCAAUUUCUAAAAAGUGGAAAUGGUUGCUUGUGGUACAUCAGAAUGCUGGCAUUUUAUUGAACACUCAAUUCAAAGGAAGGAUUCAGCAGGAAGGAUCUUUGACAAGUAAUGACAGUCAACCAGAUGUCUCCUUUUUUCUAAUCAAUCAAUCGACGAUGUCAACUGAAAUCUAUCUGCCAGACAGAUGAUACGCUGAAUUGUAAAUGUAUGUAUAUAAUGCUAGAUAUAUACCAUGUAAAUAGUAAUGAAAACACUUUUCUUAUUAAUGUCUGCGAACAUGAUACAUGUAUGUAGAGAGAGAACUGUUUAGUGAGAUGUGUUACUUUUAUUUUUUUCAUAUCUUUCCUUGCGUUUUGUAUCAAGCCUGGUUAACUUGAAUGAAGAUUAAGAACACUAUCAAAAUGUAGAACAUAUAAUUAUGAUAUUGAAAGUAUUCAAUAAAGCAUGAGGCCUAUUAUUGUAAGCACAAAACUGUUGCAUCUGAAUUUAGAUACCAGUAGUAUGAAUGCUACUACUUAAUUGCAGAUUUUUAGUGAAACUUUUUAGAUUUUAAGAUAUGACGCAAAAAAAAAUGGUGUUAUUUAUUGAUGAUGGAUAGUGUUAUACACUUCACAUUUUUUGAACCACUUUUCCAUUAGUGUAAUGCAUAAUGUAUGGUGAAACACUCACAACAAGCAGUUUCACCCGUAUGUUGCAACAACAUAGCUGCGGCUUCACUUGUAUGAAAUAAUAAAUAAUAGCUUUUGAAGCGUGGUUGUAAAGGAGGGAAUCCCAUUACUUACAUGUAUAAAGUGUGGGAAUGUAUAGAUAUUACAGUUUGAACACACUUGUGCAAAUGCCUGCUUAAAACCAUGAAGCUGCAUAUUUGAAUAGUUUUAUGUUUUUAGAAAGCCUCAUCAGAAAGAAACUCCAUUUUGAGGGAUCUUCCAUCUCGUGUUCUAAUCUGACUUCAGUAACUGCUAUUUGUAAAUUUAACAGAGGUUCAUAAUGACAUUCAUUAAUCAUUAUAGAUCAUCAUGUAAUUGCUAUCAUAUUUUCAUUGAAUGCUCAUAUGUUACCAAGGUUUAGAUUUUGAGAAGAUUAAAGUUAUAAGUUAUUUAAAAUAAUAAUGCACAAAAUGACAAAUGACAAAAUUACAUGACAACUUGGUGAUGUGGGCUUUCAUUUUCAAGAGCUUGACAUUCUGAUUUUCAGAUUAGUUGUCAUCCAAGAUAAAAAUGUAUGUUCUAUUCUUUGUGGAAUUUAGGCAUGUGUAACAUAUAUUCCUCAUGUAAAUGGAUUUUUACUAUUAGAAAUUCAAUUUUGUAGCUGCAUAUUUUAUGAUUUUCUGGACUUUAUAUUUGGUACAUAGGAAAAUGUAUAUGAUGAAUGAAGCACUUGCAAAGUUGACAACAUACAUUUGUUAGAGACUAUUAUUAAAGUCUUUGUAGUCGGUCUGCUGUAUUCUCGGUGGUGUCACUCAUACUGACAUUGUGUACCCAUGAUUCUUAGAAACUUGGCAAAGAUAGGGGAUAAUUUUUCAGGAUUGAAACGAUACAGAUUUGGAAAAGGGUAUUUUUUGUUGAAAAGAGCAAGAAAUUUAUGAAAAGGGAUCCCGUAGUUCAUCAAAAAAGAACUUUGACUCAUGUAACAUAAGGUAAAUUUUACAAAAUAGGGUAUAUUUUGUGAAUUUGUAAUAAAUAUGUCAAAAAUAGGAUUAUUUUAGAGCACAUUUUUAAAACCAAUUUUAGGCAUACUGGGAUCUUAUUUUGAUGAAAAGUUUCUUGAAAGUUUGCAGGAAAUUAAGGAGUCAUUUUCGACUUUGUUACUGUUAGUGCGUUACCCUUCGAUAUGAGUGGCACCACCAGGGCUAUGCUUCACUUUUGACAGUUGUAUAAAGUGAUCCUCAAAGCCAAUGCAGGAUUGAUAAUGAUUGGUCAACUGUGAAUUCAUAUAUAUUAUAUAAUUUUUGUGUGAUAUCUAAUCUUUUAGAGAUGAAGGAAAGUUCAUGAAAAUUGCAUAUAUAUGUUCGUUAACUGGGAUGCAGUGGCUUUGUAUGUAGGAAAACAGUCUAGAAACAAAGGAAGACUAUUACAGAGAUUGCAAAAUCAAAUGUAAGGGUGAUUUGCAGUGGCAUGAGGCAUACCUCCAAGAAAUCAGCACAUACCAAGGUUAGCUAGCAGCAAGAUAAUCACUUGAUGUACUAUAAUGUAUGCUGAUAUUUUUUGAAUUUUUGUAAGGGUUGCAAAAUUAAACUACAGACAAAAAUGUGCUGGCAAUGCAUAAGUAUGUAAACGUGUAUUGUAAUUUGCCUGCUAUUGGAAAAACAGCAGCUUGCAAAAAUGUAUGUGUCACAGUCGUUCACAAGUAUCUUUGUACAGAAAAUUACGAUUGCUUACGGUAUACAGGAAUACAUUUUAUUGUGGAAUCUUUUAGAACGGAGAUCCCUUUAAAAAAAAAAGUGUUUAACCCCUCUAUGCAUUCCUUUACCAUACCUUCACCUUAUCUGCUCUCCUUCAUCCCCUUCCCUCUCCUUUUAUUUGUAAAUUCUCUCUCUCUCUCUCUCUCUCUCUCUCUGUUUACUCAGGCUUGAAAGAGGAAGUCCACCCUAAUAUUAAGUUGGUUUUAAUAAGCAGAAAAACAAGAAAAACAAAUUAGUUAAUAUCAGGAUGGAUUUCCCCUUUAGGCCUAAUCAAGUCAUACCACAUUCUGUUCCAUCUUCUUUGUGCAAUGUUUGAAGUCUACUGCAGUAAGUGUCCAGUGUGUACAAAUAUUUCUUUUUUUUUCACAUGAAUCAUAGGCAUUAAUAAAGAUGUGUCAUAGAGUUUUCUCUGCAA